CCGACACCACCACCUGCAAGACUCAGGGGAGGGCCAGCCGAAGCAAUCCGUCCCUCGAAGGAGAACCCACCGCUAGCCAUGGGAGCAUCGGGCGAGAAAUCCGCGUACGAGCGCCUCCGCGACGCCCGCAUACAAGAGAACAAGGUGCGAUUGGAGUCGCUCGGAUUGCUAAGAAGGGCCGGCGAGCAGCGAGCCGUGGUUUCCUCUUCUUCGUUGGCGACCGGAGGUCGCAGCGGCGUCAAGAGAAAGCGGAAGAUCCGGAUCGUCGAGGGCACUCCUCUCCGGCGGUCUGAGCGCUUGAAGAGCAAGCAAGACGACGAUGACGAUGCCGAUUCAUCUCCUCCAGACACGCUUGGUGGUAAUGCGACUGUGGCAGCGUCCUCGGAGUACAGAGACGUCAUCCACCAAGUUCGUAAGCGGCUGUUCUCGGAUGGGCGUGCGAGCAAAAGCAGGGGAAGCGUUUACGACCCGGUGUUGGGGAUCUGCUGCCACUUCUGCAGGCAGAAGAAAUUAUGCGGGGAAGAAGAUUGCAGACGGUGUGGGGAUGGAAACAUUAAUCAGCCAUGCAUAGGUAAAACGGAGUGCUCGGUCUGCCAUUCUUCCAAUGGUGUCCUAUGCCGUGCUUGUCUCAAAGUAAGAUAUGGUGAAGAAAUGGAGGAAGUCAGGGCAAAGAAGGAUUGGAUGUGCCCCCACUGCAUCGAAGAGAAAGGAAUCAACCCGUAUUGGAUAUGUAACAGCUCUCUUUGCUUGAAGAAAAGGAAGAUGGCACCAACCGGCAUCGCGAUUUACCAAGCUCGCGAGCAGGGUUACAGAUCGGUAGCGCACCUUCUGAUGGAUAGACUGAAACGAGAGGCUGCUCAGAAGUGACAAUGUACCACGACAAAAGCAGACCUGAGGUCAUUUUACUUGGUGACUUCUCAUUCCUGAGUUCGGGAAGUGGCAUUCUUAAAUCUUGAUUUAGUUUGGUACUAAAUUAGCACUUGUAUUGGAAGGCCAAAUGGAUGUUCGUCCAUCGGGUCUAUAUUUAUGAAAAAAAUGACGUA